AUCCAAAGGUACCUCAAGACUUUCCCACAAGACGGCCUUUGCGGGACAGGGUGUAUCUAUAGUCGUGGAGUGCUCUCUUUCCUUGUCUCCUAGUGCUCUCUUUCCUUGUCUCCUGAGCUAAGGUGAACAGGAAUACCAGAUAGGAAAUAUCAACUCCCAAACAGCAUAUAUUCCCAACGCGUUGUUGUUAUCGCCCAUCCUGUAUUUAACACAUCAGUACUUGUGAAGGUGAGGAGAAGAAACUAGUCUAGAGUUAGAGACUAUUGAGACGCCCUCUGCCACGGUCAAAUUCAGGUGAGCUGACGGUAGGUUCUGCGUUUGAUUCAGUUCGGGGUUUCUACGGUUAGGUGUGUUUUUAAAGAGGGCUGUUGAAAAUAUGACAGAAAACGCUGCGACGUGAUCAACAGUGCAUUUUAAAAUAGUUUUUUUUAACUGCUUUGUAGUACAGAAAAAAAGGUGUAUUUAAAAUUGUAGAGAGAAUUAAAACAAACAUCGGACAUUCUUAAACUCUUACUUUAAGUUAUUUCGUCAUGGACGAGGCAAUGGCGAUUAUGUUGAUAUCCAUUGUGAUGUUUUUGGGAUGUUUUCUAUUAGGUUUGAUUCCACUUUUGAUCAAACUUUCUGAGAAAAGGCUGCAGUUUGUCAGUAUUUUUGGGGCAGGCCUGCUCUGUGGUACUGCUCUAGCUAUCAUCCUACCAGAGGGGGUGGAACUACUGGAAGAGUCAUGGAGAGUGUCCUCCUGCUCUGUGGUCCCAGUAGCAGCCAAUAAGAAUGCCAGUGACGGUGGGGUCGGAGGUCAGCUCCAGGAGAUGGGCCCCUCCUCUAAAGGUCUCCCAGCACGGUUCUUCAUCGGGGUCUCCCUGGUUCUAGGGUUCAUCCUCAUGUUCCUGGUGGAUCAGAUCAGUAGCUACUGCUCCAUACAUGAUCAACGUACUGGAACAUCCAACAGGACCACUAUCACAACUACAGUAGGACUGGUCAUCCAUGCUGCUGCUGACGGUGUAGUUUUAGGUGUUGCCGUGGUUUCCUCAAAGGUCACAGUUCAACUGGUGGUCUUUCUAGCUGUCAUUCUGCACAAGGCUCCUGCAGCAUUUGGCCUUGCCACCUUUCUGUUGCGCGCAGGUUUAGAGAAGAGGCAGAUUCAGAAGCAUCUAUUGGUGUUCUCUGCUGCAGCACCUGUACUCUCCAUCAUUACAUAUUUUAUCCUGAACGCGAGUGGAGGUUCAGCCCAGCACCGUCUGAGCGCUACAGGUGUUGGGAUGCUGUUCUCAGCCGGAACGUUCCUCUAUGUUGCUACGGUUCAUGUACUACCAGAGGUCAGCUCCAGGGGGCAGCAGCAGAGCUUUGUAAAUGUAAUCUCUGGGACCGGGCACCUCCACGGGACUGGGACUGGGCAGCAGCAGAGCUCUCCCCACCUCCACGGGACUGGGACCGGGCACCUCCACGGGACUGGGACUGGGCAGCAGCAGAGCUCUCCCUACCGCCACGGGACUGGGACUGGGCAGCAGCAGAGCUCUCCCUACCUCCACGGGACUGGGACUGGGCAGCAGCAGAGCUCUCCCUACCUCCACGGGACUGGGACUGGGCAGCAGCAGAGCUCUCCCUACCUCCACGGGACUGGGACUGGGCAGCAGCAGAGCUCUCCCUACCUCCACGGGACUGGGACUGGGCAGCAGCAGAGCUCUCCCUACCUCCACGGGACUGGGACUGGGCAGCAGCAGAGCUCUCCCUACCUCCACGGGACUGGGACUGGGACUGGGCAGCAGCAGAGCUCUCCCUACCUCCACGGGACUGGGACUGGGACUGGGCAGCAGCAGAGCUCUCCCUACCUCCACGGGACUGGGACUGGGCAGCAGCAGAGCUCUCCCCACCUCCACGGGACUGGGACUGGGCAGCAGGGGGACCUGGGGGUCCUGGAGAGCCUCACGCUGAUACUAGGAGCAGGACUACCUGUGUUACUGGCCCUGGGACUACAUGAUGACUAGUCUUGUGAAUCGACGCUAUCCUACCAAGUCUCCUUCAUCACUCAAAGGAACAUUGGGAAUGAAUGUGAAGGAAGCCUGAAAAUCGAGACUACACUACGACUGACAAGUUAACGCAAAGAAAGACACCACAUGAUACCAAGCACACAUUCUUACAUAGAGAUCAUUGAGGGUGUUUCCGUGCCAGAUGUAGUGUGUUUCAGUGUCUUUCUCUGAAAGGUCAAGGAGUUACUGAUACUGAUACUGUUACUGACAUGGGUUUGAACGUACAAAAAGUAGGAACAGAGUGUGUGUGUGUGUGUGUGUGUGUGUGUGUGUGUCAUGCCAAAUAGUGCGAACAGAGCGAGAGACAGAGUGAUGUGUGUGUGUGUCAGAGACUUGUGUAUUUGUGUCGAGCUUUUGUAAUUGUUUGUCUUGCCAAGUUCAAUCUCAGCGGGGACAUUCUGUUCAGUUUGUCUGAAAGAGCAAAGAACAUUUCCUGUAAGUGGAUAUCUCUUUCCUGUUUCCUCAUAUUUGUCCUUUUGUGCUUCCACUGAACAAUUAAAAAAAAAAAUGUAUGUUAAGACGAAAUCCAAACUAGAUCAGAUUUGAAUCUAAUGGCAUAAUAUUUCAUCUUUUGUCAUGUGUAAGAAAGGUUUUUGGCUGGGGGUAAUUUAGGUACUGAAAUAUUCAGGCCAGGUUGUGAAAAGCCAUCUUCAUAAACAUUGGAUGGUUGCCAUGACACUAAAUGAACCACAGUGAUGAUUAUUGAUUUUUAACAUUUUGUAUUGGAUGUGAUCAUCUUUUUUUUAGAUUUGAUAAGAAUGGGUUUACAUGAAAUAUUCAGUAAAACACCCCGCUGACAAACCA